AGAGAGAGGGAGAGGCAACACGUUAUCGGCCCCAAAACAUCUUCACUUCCCUCCAAAAAAGAAAAAAAACCCGACGACCAUCCAACUCCACGAACUGUAUUCUCGUCGACGCGUACAAACCGUUGCCACUUCAAUUCCUUCUCCCAUUUGAAUACAAAAUACUCCCCCCCACAUGAAAUAAAAUUCAAAUUACUCAUUCCACCUUCACCCCAAAAAUCUCUCUCUCUCUCUCUCUCUCUCUCCACACCCUAACUCCCAUCAUCAUCCUCCGCUACCAGAAAAAUUCUGUCUGUUGAUUUGAGAAAUUGAAUAUGAGUCCAAUUGUGUUGACUCAGCUGGCGACGGGUCUGAGCGUGUUGGCCGGGGCGGUUCUUGUCAAGUCCGUGAUAGACCAGAACCCCAUGAUGCGUGGUGGUCCAACCCAAUUCCCGAGGUGCCCGAGUUGCAACGGCUCUGGCCGUGUCGCUUGCCUCUGCUCCCGCUGGUCCGACGGCGACGUUGGUUGCCGGGGCUGUUCCGGGUCGGGUCGCACGUCGUGCAGCAGCUGCGGAGGAACGGGUACGGGUCGACCCAUCCCGGUUCAGAUCUCUGUUCGUAAGCGGUAAAGAAUGGUGCACCUCCUUGUGACUUUUGUUGAUGACUCCACUUCUGGUUCGCUCGGAAAUAUGUCUUAACCAAAGUUCAACUUUGUUGAAGCACCUUCAUACCGAGGGCACUGGGUUCGCCUUUGCAGUUACAGUGUAAUCCAAGUCUUCUAUGUUAUUCCGUUAUCCUCUUUGUGCAUUGAAACCUGGCCCUUUAGUAUUUGUGCUUAGCAAGAGCUAUGACUUGGACUCGCCUGGCUGAGGAUUCUAGUAUUGUGUACAUUUUGUAUAGUCAAAGUACUGGUAGGAUGUCUUGUAGAAGACCUUUUUUUAUUUUUUGAUUGUCUCUUGUACAAGACUUAAUCAGGAGAUAAUUUUCUUUUGAUCAUUUUAUGCCUCCAUGAAAACUGAGUCUACUAGGUCAAAAGAACUCCGUCGAAAUUGUCUCUUUCCCAUGCCCAAAUCCCUAUAAUUUGGAUUUUCAUGUCUUAUGGAAACAACAUUAUCAGCAUCAAACUUAAGAGUUAUGCCUGACCUAUGUGCAAAUGAUGACAUUUGCAAAUGUUUGACAUCUUACAGGAUGAGGCAGUACAGCUAGAACAUUUCCUUAUGUGUGAUAAGUUCUAGUUCACUUUUGAACUGUGGAUUUGUACAAUUGUAAGUCAAUGAGCAUUUGAUGAGUAACAAUUCAUUUGCUAAAUGAAAAUUAAGCUUAGAUCAACCCCAUUGGGUUAAUUGCGUGGGAACAGGGUAGAAGGUAAGGAUUACACCGCCGAGCUCGUAGGUUAGACAGUCACAGCCAAGAAAAAACCUUUGAGACCACUGCAAGUUUGCCCGGUCAUUAACCUAAGGAGCCCAGGAUUAGUCGAGUUGCGCGUAUGCUAUCUAGACACCCAGUUAUGAUUAAAAAAAAUAAAUUAUGCCCCAGAUCCACAUUAACGCAUGUUGUGUUCGUUAUUAAGAUGGGAAAUUGCCAGUUUAUGGCUUGUCUGUCAUGUAGAUUGUUCCUUUGUAACUUUAGUUACUAUAAAUUACCUGAAUUACAUUGAUGGUGUUGAAGUUCAAGCAAAAGAGGUGUUUGUGCAUUGCAUGGUCUUCUACAGCAGACAUAAACAGAUAGGUAAUGCAAAUUCUCAUCAUACAAAUAUUACAGUUGGAGAAACAAUAGCUUAACUCCUUCCUUGCACAAAUAUGUUUGCGUUUUGUUCCUCCAUCACAUAAAUCCUUGUUAGCAUCUUGAUAACUUUCUAGCUCUUAUCACUUGGGGCUGAAAGCCUGAAAUUGACCAUAGAAGCAGUUGAACACAAACAUUUCAUUCGAUGCAGUUUCGCAGGAAUUAUGCAGUUAUAUAGUUGUUUCACAUGCUUAUAUGGUCACUUAUUUCCAUUAGAUAUGCUUCUGUCAAUUGAUGAUAUAUUAUUUGUUUGUUGCUGUUUCAGAAUCAGGUUUCCGCGUUUCUUUUCUCAAAAGCUUUUUGGUUGGGAAAUAUGAAAGUUGUUUAGAAGAUUUGACCUAUUUUUAAGGAACACACAAAAUUUCAAACUUAGGAAAAAAAAUUUAGCUAGAAAAUAGUUACAUCUCAAUGUGAUGGGCUUAUGUUUCAAAACAGAAUUCUGGAAAUUUUUGUGAGAAAAUGAUUCUGAAAUAACUACCAAACAAUGUCUUUAUAGAUCUUUAGACAUGUGUUUCCCUCUCCCGUGUGUAUUGAUAUCUCAACAAGUUAAUCAACGUUUAGUUACACUGAUUGUAGGAUUGUGAGGGCUUUACUUACAGCGAAAAUGGUGGCAUGACCAGGAUCAGCAAGGUGGGCGAAGAGGUUGUCAAUCGGUCCAGUACCGGUAUAAAUGGCUUGGAACCAAGCACCCAUCACAGCCAACAUAGCCAGCCGUCCAUUCUUGAUCUCCUUCGUCCUCAAUUCCUUAACCUUCUCAGGAGACCCACUGCCCCAUCCAAGUGGGUCAAACCAGAGCCCACCCGGGUACCCAACGUCUGUCCCCGUAAGCUUGUUGUUGGGGAAAAUGGGGUCUGUAUUCACACAACCUGGCUUGAGGAUAUCUGCCCACCGCCUCCCCUCGGCCCACCCUAUGAAAAUCAGCUCCACAAUGAAGAGAGUGGUUUUGUCAGUGAAGUAUUCGAGCUCUCCGGCAGUGUACCACGAUGGGGUGUUGAGAAUUCCGAUUUUUGUCAGGAACUCAGGGAUGAAGAUACCGGCGGCGCCCAACAUGGCCCACCUGCAG